AGCAAGCGGCAAGGACUUCGCCGCUGCAGCCCCAGCCGUUUGGAUUAAGGCUCCUCGCAGGGGCUGAACAGCCGGAGGGAAAGCAAGCGGGCGGGGAAACUAAAGGGAAAACCAGGGAGAAGAAAAACAUGAAGUUGGGCAAAGUGGAGUUCUGCCAUUUUUUGCAGAUAAUAGCUCUUUUCCUCUGUCUUUCUGGGAUGAAUCUAACCGAACUCUCAAGAUCCAGGUCAAAGCCCUACUUCCAGUCUGGGAGGUCACGAACAAAGCGCAGCUGGGUGUGGAAUCAAUUCUUUGUACUGGAGGAAUAUAUGGGGACUGAUCCUCUCUACGUAGGCAAGCUUCACUCUGAUGUUGAUAAAGGAGAUGGCUCAAUCAAAUACAUCUUGUCAGGAGAAGGGGCAAGUUCCAUUUUUAUUAUAGAUGAGAACACUGGAGAUAUCCAUGCUACAAAGAGGCUCGAUCGGGAGGAACAGGCUUACUACACCCUCCGAGCACAAGCGCUAGACAGACUGACAAAUAAACCUGUGGAGCCUGAGUCAGAAUUUGUCAUUAAGAUUCAGGACAUCAAUGACAACGAACCUAAAUUUCUGGAUGGUCCUUACACUGCUGGAGUACCUGAAAUGUCUCCUGUGGGCACCUCGGUGGUACAAGUAACAGCUACUGAUGCAGAUGAUCCUACCUAUGGCAACAGUGCCAGGGUGGUAUACAGCAUUCUUCAAGGACAGCCUUAUUUUUCUGUGGAACCAAAGACAGGUAUUAUCAAGACUGCUCUCCCCAAUAUGGACAGAGAAGCAAAAGACCAGUAUCUACUUGUCAUCCAAGCAAAGGAUAUGGUUGGGCAAAAUGGGGGACUGUCUGGGACCACUUCAGUCACCGUCACCCUUACAGAUGUCAACGACAACCCUCCUCGUUUUCCCCGAAGGUCCUAUCAAUAUAAUGUCCCAGAGUCUUUACCUGUGGCUUCAGUAGUGGCGAGACUAAAGGCUGUGGAUGCCGACGUGGGACUGAAUGCUGAAAUGGAAUAUAAGAUUGUGGAUGGUGAUGGCUUGGGGGUUUUCAAAGUUUUAGUGGACAAAGAGACACAAGAAGGGAUUAUUAUGAUACAGAAGGAGUUGGAUUAUGAAUCUAAAGCUAGCUAUACCCUGAGAAUCGAAGCAGCAAAUAAGCAGGUUGAUCCUCGUUUUCUAAGCCUUGGGCCAUUCAGUGAUAUGACAACGGUGAAGAUCAUUGUGGAGGAUGUUGAUGAGCCUCCUGUAUUUACUUCCCGUCUAUAUUCCAUGGUAGUGUCUGAAGCAGCCAAGGUGGGCACCAUCAUUGGAACUGUAGCGGCUCAUGAUCCAGAUGCCUCUAAUAGUCCAGUCAGGUACUCAAUAGAUCGAAACACAGACCUGGAGAGAUAUUUCAAUAUCGAUGCCAACAGUGGGGUCAUUACAACAGCAAAGCCUUUGGACAGAGAGACGAAUGCUGUUCAUAACAUCACUGUGUUAGCAAUGGAGAGUCAAAACCCUUCACAGAUUGGAAGAGGAUAUGUAGCCAUUACUAUCCUUGACAUCAAUGACAACGCUCCUGAGUUUGCCAUGGAUUAUGAAACAACUGUCUGUGAAAAUGCAGAGCUUGGCAAGGUAAUUCAGAGAAUCAGCGCCAUUGACAAAGAUGAUCCACCCAGUGGCCAUCAGUUUUCCUUCAGCUUGGCAGGAGAGGCAGCAAAUAACCACAAUUUCACAUUGCAAGAUAACAAAGACAACACCGCGUCCAUAAUAACCAGAAGGAAUGGAUUUCGGAGGCAGGAGCAGUCAGUUUACUAUUUGCCAAUAUUCAUUGUUGACAGUGGUUCUCCUUCACUAAGUAGCACUAAUACUCUUACUAUCCGAGUAUGUGAUUGUGAUGCAGAUGGCAUUGCUCAGACAUGCAAUGCAGAAGCCUAUAUCUUACCAGCAGGACUUAGCACCGGAGCACUAAUAGCAAUCCUGGCUUGUGUCCUAACAUUGCUAGUGCUUGUCCUGCUGAUAGUUACCAUGAGAAGGCGGAAAAAAGAACCUCUUGUUUUCGAUGAAGAGAGAGAUAUCAGGGAAAACAUAGUCAGAUAUGAUGACGAAGGAGGUGGAGAAGAAGACACAGAGGCCUUUGAUAUGGCUGCACUGAGGAAUCUAAACAUUAUUCGAGACACCAAGACCAGGAGAGAUGUGACUCCAGAGAUCCAGUUCUUGAGCAGACCAUCAUUUAAAAGCAUCCCAGAUAACGUAAUUUUUAGAGAAUUUAUUUGGGAGAGACUAAAAGAGGCUGAUGUGGAUCCUUGUGCACCCCCAUAUGAUUCCCUGCAGACGUAUGCAUUUGAGGGAAACGGUUCAGUGGCUGAGUCACUCAGCUCUUUAGAUUCUAUCAGUUCAAACUCUGAGCAGAAUUAUGAUUACCUCAGUGACUGGGGGCCUCGUUUUAAACGACUUGCAGAUAUGUAUGGAACAGGACCAGAAAAUUUGUAUUCAUAGCCUUCAAACCUUUCUAUGACAAUGCACUAAAGGAAAAGAAAAUAAAAACUCAAUAUUUGGACUAAUGAAAAACCUGUACAUAUUUCUCCAUUUUUAACCUUUUGGGUUUUUUUGCCUUGGUGAAGCAUAUAUUCAUUAGAACUUUGUCCUAGGGACUGCACUGAACACACAGAUUCUGAGCAUCCAAUGGUAUUUUUGGUAACAUUAAGAUGCUCGGCCA